AAAAAGGCUCCAGCACCUCCACCGGCACCAGAAUCAGCAUCGCAGCCUUCCACGGAGCAACCGGCGGCCACAGACGCGAACACCGCAACCGCUGCAACCGAAAGUGCUCCAGCAGCGGCAGCGCAGAAUCCAGGUCUGUUAUGA